AUAAUGGCCAAACCUUCUCUUCUGUCUCUCCUCUCUCUCAUCGCCGUCAUCUCAGUCGCCGCCGCCGCCGCCUCCUCCACCUCAAACUUCAUCAAAACCUCCUGCAGCACCACCACAUACCCUUCUCUGUGCUUGAAAUCUCUCUCCGACUACGCCCCGACCAUCCAACAAGACCCUCAUGAGCUCGUCCAGACCGCUCUCUCCUUCUCCCUCAACAAGACCGUCGAGACUCGUGCCCUCGUCUCCAAGCUCCGGUCAAUCUCUGGCCUCAAACCCCGCGAGCUCGCCGCCCUCCGAGACUGCAUCGAAGAGUUGGCCGACAGCGUCGACCGGCUCGGCCGGUCCUUGAAGGAGCUCGAGCUGUGCAAGCCAAAGAGCGAGGACUUCACGCGGCACAUGAGCAAUGUGGAGACAUGGGUGAGCUCUGCUUUGAUGGAUCAGAGUUCUUGCAGAUAUGGAUUCGCCGGAAAAGCUUUGCCCGGCCGGAUCAAGGCUUCUAUCAGAGCUAGAAUGGUUAAUGUUGCUCACGUUACUGGCAAUGCUUUAUCUCUAAUCAACAAGUAUGCGUCUGGUAAUUACUGAGACAUAAAUUUAUAUAUAGUAGAGGAAGAUGAAUCUCUCAAGAUAUAUAUAUAUAUAUAUGGUUUCAUGUUUUGUGUCUCUGCGUCUGCACUUAGCUUUUGGUUCUUGUUUUUUU